AUGGCACUGCAACGCUACCAACUCAGCUGGUCGGACCAGCUGAUGACGCGGGUGGAGGCACACCUCCGCGACAUCCACAGCGUGCUACACGAGUACUACGAAAGUUGUGGCUAUCCCACGGAGGUAGAGACCCGCCACGUGGCGAUCAUUCAACGGGCAGUGACAGGGGCACGAGAGGAAAGCGAGUUCACCACCGUUACGGCGGCUGCUCCCGCUCUUCAGUUGGACGUCGUCAGUCCCGCCGGUAGCUUCUUGCUUCGCACGUGCGUUCACGACACACCGUUUCCUGAGCUGCACGCGCAGCGCGGAGUGGGCGCAGACUUGGUGCUCUCCAUUCCUGUCAACCGCUGCACCGCUGCAGACCUGAAAGGCGGUCUCUACCUCGAGCGCCGUCAGUCCUUCCUCCGCGAGAUCCAGGAGUACUUGGAGCAACUCGUGAGCGGUGCAGCGAAGCAGAAGUCAGACUCCUCCGCAGCGGCGGCGGUGGACGCUGCAGCCUCCGACACAGAUAGUGACAGAGACAGCGAGGAGGGCCAAGGCGCGUCUUCUCGAAGUCGUCAGCACGGCAAGGUAACCCAGGGGGCGGAAAAGGAGGAGCUGAACGUGGCCGCCGCCGCGCGACUCAGUCGGGUGGAGGUGCGGGUGGUGCCGAUUCACGGGUGUUAUGCACUGGCAGACAAACAGAUUCUGCAGCUGCGCUUCCGCCGGCGUCGUGCCACCGCAGACGCCUACGAAACCCUCUUCGUGAACCUCCAUUUCCGCCCCUCCGUCUUUCCUGGACACGCCGUGAAUAUGGCGGUAGUGCGCAAGCACCCGUACUACAGCUACUGCAUCCUGGAAGACUACCUCAUGCCGCACUAUCUGAAGAAGCUGCACGAAGUGUGCAUCGCCAGCGCCAGCGUGCGCCGCGCCAUCGUCGUGCUGAAGUGCUGGGCCCAUCACACCGGCCUCAUGUCCGCCGCCUCAGGACACCCGGAGGCGCUGAACGGGUUCGUCGUUGCGGCCAUUGUUUUACGUCUGCUCGAGGAGGGCAUCGUGACAGCGGGCAUGUCUCUGGACAACAUUGUACGCGCUGUGUGGGUGCAACUCUCGCGGGGCUUCUUCCUUGGCACUCCAGAGACAGUCGGGAGCAGCGCGGCCCGCCCUGUUAAGGUGCCGGCAGCGGAGGAACAGGGUGAGGUGAGCGUUCUGCGCCUUGCAGGCGAGCCGCACAACGUCCUCUUCCGCACGUCCGCUGCCUUCUUCAGGCAUGUUGUAGGGCCUGCCGCGGAGGAGGCCCUGCAGCACCCAUUCGCUGUCGAAGUAGUCGAUCGCAUCGCCUUCCAGCCUCUGCCGCUGCGCUACGACGUGGCCCUCACCGUCCAGUUGAACCAGACUACCACGUCUCCUGUGGAAACGAUGGAUCGCUCUCCGGCUGCCAUCAAGAAGAGCAGUCUCUGGCGCGCCCCACGCGUCGAGGCGAUCCAGGACACGCUGCGAGUGCUGAAGGAGGCACUAGGUGUGCGGUGUAACUACAUUACCGUCUGGAGAACCGACGCAGACCGUCUGCGGGUUGUCGUGCAGCUCACCAGCGAAGCAGAGGGUCGCAACCGCCUCACCCGCGGACCGCCCAUCGAAGACACCAGCGCUGUCGAGCGCUUCAACACUUUCUGGGGCACUGGCCUCACCUCGACGCGCCAAUUCAGCGACGGCGCCAUCUACCGCUGCGUGCUGUGGACCUUUCCGGAGGACCAGGGCACGCACACGACUGUAGCCUUGUCCGCCUCUACGGUGUUGUGCCGCAUCGUCGAGUUUGCACUGCGCGCGCAUGUCGCGCCCGAGGCGGCGGUGGCAGUGCUGCUUGGCGGCCUGGACGGAUACCUGGCGGAGCGGGUCGGCGGCGAGUGGCGCGACGCCGCCCCGCUGAUGCAGCGCAGCCUCCUCGAGGCAACCAAGGCGGUGCAGUACAUGCUGCAGAACCUGCCGCGCGGCAGUGUCCCCUGCCGCAUCGUUUCCCUCGACGUCAUCGCUGCGAGCGAACGCCACACCGAGGUAUUCCCAGUUCGCCCGCACUUGGCUCUCACAUACACGACAGACGACCUUGCCGAUGCGAGCUUUGCGGGACUGAGCACGGCGCCAACGAUCGAGCCGAUCCAUUGCGUGCUGAACAUCGACGACAACCACAAGAUCCCUGACACAAUGGAGGCAAUUGCAAUGAUGAAGGGUGCCAUUGCUGCCCAGCUGGCCAAGACGCUGCAGGCGCACUAUGGUGGGAAGAGCAGCAGCAGCAGCAGCAGCAGCGACGUUGUACGCAGCCCCAUCCGCACCCAGUGUACCAGCCAGUCUGUCGACAUCAUCUACCGCGGCUACCUCUUCCGUGUCUACGUCGCCCACUACCGUGAAGUGUCUCUUCUACGUGCUUUGCAGCGUGACACAGAGGCAAACUUGCUGGAGAUGAAGCUGCACUGGACUGCGCAGCACGCCAAGUUUAUGCGCACCAUCGCAUUUGGCCAUCACAGCUACUCGCACGCGGUGAGGCUGGCGAAACGGUGGAUGGGUGCCAUGUACCUCUACGAGUUUGUGCAACCAGAAGCAGUCGAGCUGCUUGUAGCGCACGCGUACCUGCAGCCGGCGCCGCACACGCCCAAGACACCUGCUGGGGGCUUCCUGCGCUUUGUCCAGCUCCUCGCCACGCAUGACUGGUCAACACCACUGGUGCUUCCCUUCACCGAUGACGACAACGACAAGACCGCCGUGGCGGCGGCGGCGCUGGUGCGCAAGCUUGGCGACCAACAAGGCAUGUUUAUCGCUACACCCUACGCACCAGCCGCGAGUCCGUUCACGGUGCUAACGCCGCGGCUGAUGAUUAUGGGUCGUCUUGUACAGCUGGCCCAGUCAGUGGUGGCUGUGCUGCUGCGCCACCUUGAGGGCCACAACGCGACAGCUGGUGAGGUGGAGGCGUUCACAUCCAGCCCGUGCGCCUUCGACUUUGCGAUGAAGUUCCACCCGCGCCUAGUGCUGCAGCCUGAUCGGGCCCUCAGCAUCGGCGCUGCAGCAGCGUCGGUAGCGUCUGCGCAACACGAAGCAGCGCCUCCAAGUGGCAUCGAGCUAGCCUCCAGUGAGGCGGACACGCUGGCAGCAGAGGAAGCCGCAGCAGCAGCAGCCAACGCUGUCAUUCGCCUCUGGCAGCUAGAUGAGCUGGACGCCGACACCAACGGGCGGGAGUACAUCAAUCAGCUUGUCGAACGAGAGCCGGCGGCGCAUGCCGUGCGCAUCGCCCGUGCAGCGCUGCGUGAACGUGGUAUGAUGUUCUACGACGCGCUCGCUCCGUCCUCCCUCUAUGUUGUGGGCAUCAGCGCCGAGAGGCAAGUCGCCAAAAGCCGGCAGCUGCACGACGCCAUUCUACAGGUGGGGCGAGGCGCACUUUUGCCGGCACCGCCGAGCGCGUUCACUCCUGUCGUGGAGGUGUCGCAUGGCUCAGAUGCUGCGGGACACGCUGGGUUUGAAUCCAAGGACGACCAUCGUCCUCGUGUCCCCGCACACCACCAGGGGAGGGCGGUGCCGCGGCUCCGCGGGGCCGUCUUGCACAAAAAGAGCGAGAAGGUCACGACAGGCGCACUCCAGCUUCCGCAGCACCACCACAAGCGCAGUCGCAGCACAAAGGACCACCGCGGCCCGGCCGCCGCUGUUUCUGAGGCCGCGCACGCGAAGAAGACGAAGAGGGAAACGGCGGUCGAGGCUAGCCCUUCCACGGAAGCUUCGCCGGCGCCAGCGGUGGCCAAGAAGCGCUCUCAGAAGAUGGCCAAGGCCACGAAAGUGCACGAGUAG